AUGCCGAUCCACGAGCUUCUGGCCGGAAUAAGGAGCGUCUGCUGCCAGGGCCCCGCGCUGUUCCAAGGGCCCACGCCAGCAGCCGCCCCUUCGCAAGGGGCCCCGGAGGCGCCCAGCGCUGCGGCCGCGGCGCCGCAGGCGCCCGCCGGCGCGGGGCAGUUGGAUCAAGAGGAGGCGGCGGCGGCCGCGGCGCUCGCGGGCGCUGCGCCGCCGGGCGCGCCGCCGCUGUUCCGCGCCUUGGGCCACCUGCUGCCGCCUCAAUUUGCCGCGGCGUGCCCCCCAGACGCUGCGCAGCAGGCGCUGCUGCUGCAGCAGCAACAGCAGCAGCAGCAACAGCAGCAGGCCCUGCUGCAGCAGCUGGCGGCUGCGCAGCACCAGCACCAGCAGCAUGCGGCGGCGGUUGCGGCUGCUGCGGCGGGGCUGGAGCAGCACCAAGCUGCGUGCCUGCUGAACCAACACAUGCAGCUGCAGCAUCACCACCAGCAGCAGCAACAGCAGCAGCACCAGCAGCAACAGCUGGUGUCGGCCCUGCACCAGCAGCAGCUGCUGCAGGCGCUGAACGCGUCGGCGGCCGCGGCCCACGCGCAGGCGCAGCCAUUCAUGGCCGCGCCCCAGCAGGCGCCGGCUGUCCUCUCCUAG